AUGUUGAGAGUGUGCCUGGUUUCUCACCAGUUAGAUCUCACUCGAGUCAUUCAAAUCGACCAAAAAGAGAACAGCCUCUUAGCAACCUUCGGCGCUUCGCCUGCGGAGCGGCCAGCUUCGCACCGCGGAGCGGCCAGCUUCGCACCGCGGAGCGGCCAGCUUCGCACCGCGGAGCGGCCAGCUUCGCUCGCGGAGCGGCCAGCUUCGCCCGCGGAGCGGCCAGCUUCGCACCGCGGAGCGGCCAGCUUCGCUCGCGGAGCGGCCAGCUUCGCACCGCGGAGCGGCCAGCUUCGCUCGCGGAGCGGCCAGCUUCGCCCGCGGAGCGGCCAGCUUCGCUCGCGGAGCGGCCAGCUUCGCCCGCGGAGCGGCCAGCUUCGCCCGCGGAGCGGCGAGCUUCGCCCGCUGAGCGGCGAGCUUCGCACCGCGGAGCGGCCAGCUUCGCUCGCGGAGCGGCCAGCUUCGCCCGCGGAGCGGCCAGCUUCGCCCGCGGAGCGGCGAGCUUCGCCCGCGGAGCGGCCAGCUUCGCCCGCGGAGCGGCGAGCUUCGCCCGCUGAGCGGCGAGCUUCGCCCGCUGAGCGGCCAGCUUCGCUCGCGGAGCGGCGAGCUUCGCACCGCGGAGCGGCCAGCUUCGCUCGCGGAGCGGCCAGCUUCGCCCGCGGAGCGGCCAGCUUCGCCCGCGGAAGCGGCGAGCUUCGCCCGCGGAGCGGCCAGCUUCGCCCGCGGAAGCGGCGAGCUUCGCCCGCUGAGCGGCGAGCUUCGCACCGCGGAGCGGCCAGCUUCGCUCGCGGAGCGGCCAGCUUCGCACCGCGGAGCGGCGAGCUUCGCCCGCUGAGCGGCGAGCUUCGCACCGCGGAGCGGCCAGCUUCGCUCGCGGAGCGGCCAGCUUCGCCCGCGGAGCGGCCAGCUUCGCCCGCGGAGCGGCGAGCUUCGCCCGCGGAGCGGCCAGCUUCGCCCGCGGAGCGGCCAGCUUCGCCCGCGGAGCGGCCAGCUUCGCCCGCGGAGCGGCCAGCUUCGCACCGCGGAGCGGCCAGCUUCGCACCGCGGAGCGGCCAGCUUCGCACCGCGGAGCGGCCAGCUUCGCCCGCGGAGCGGCCAGCUUCGCCCGCGGAGCGGCCAGCUUCGCCCGCGGAGCGGCCAGCUUCGCCCGCGGAGCGGCCAGCUUCGCCCGCGGAGCGGCCAGCUUCGCCCGCGGAGCGGCCAGCUUCGCCCGCGGAGCGGCCAGCUUCGCACCGCGGAGCGGCCAGCUUCGCACCGCGGAGCGGCCAGCUUCGCACCGCGGAGCGGCCAGCUUCGCCCGCGGAGCGGCCAGCUUCGCCCGCGGAGCGGCCAGCUUCGCCCGCGGAGCGGCCAGCUUCGCCCGCGGAGCGGCCAGCUUCGCACCGCGUGGCUGCCGCGGGGGCACGGGCGGCGUGUGGCCCGGCCAGGGUGUGGGCAGCGCCGCUGUGGUUGUGAAGCCGCGAGGUUUCGCGUGGCUCUUCCAUCACACGCGGAGAAACGCGUUCAUGCCGGUGGCUUCGGUUAUCAGUGCCUUCAUUUGAAUGCGAAUUUCUCAUGAUUUGGCACCUUGUCCAAUUACAAACUCAUCCCGGCAACCUCCACACCCGAACCCCAAACUGUUUCGACAUCAUUGCCUUAACGUGCCCUUCGACUCUUAAACGGGGCUGCAUUGAUGCGUUCCACAAUUUAUCAUUGCGGUUUUUUGUUGUUGCAAAUAAACAGUUUGAGUACGGAGUUAAGUGUGAGAUCGGCUCCUUACAUUGAAUACUUCAAGGUGAAUCCUCAUUCUUGCUCCAAACACUGGAGGGAGUGAUGCAUUGUGGUAGGAAGUGGGGCUGCGUGCCUCAGGGAUGCACCACUGUUUGUUCUAUCCAUGGUCGUGUGGUCACAGACCGCUCUGGGUGCCUCUCUACGGUGGCACUACACCACCACAUCCAGUGCUGUGGAGCCCUGUUUUGUAUUUUAUCUUUUUGCAAAGGGAAUCUUCAAACCCAAUAACCAUCGCACACUAUCCGAGCAUUUUGGUGAUUACCGUCGGUUACACGUACAUGUUUCGAGGGUUGCAGUUGCUUUAUGUCACGAGUCCAAGACUGUAGUACGGUGCAUAAGCUAUCGUGUAAAACGUUAGGAGCGUCUGCUUUAGGUAAGUGUGCUAAUGUCGUUGAUAUUGCAGCGUAACAGUGAUGCCAGUGUUUGAGGUUUUAGCUCGCGCUCAUCUCCGCGUGAUCUUUCGGCACGACGUGGAUGCUCAGGAUGUUUUGUGCCGAGUAGAAACGAGAGCUCGUGACCGCUACGGUGACCUCCCGGGACACGGCCGCACGCCGCCAGUCGCGUGCGGCCAGGCACACGCCUCUCCGCGUGUUUUCGCGCUGUGUUGCUCGGCACGAUGUCCGACGUUUCGCUGCGCGUGCCGGGAGCUUGCAGCGCCAACCGCGAAAACCUGGGCAGCCGUAUGGCAGCGAUCAAUCGGUCCGCCUGCUCUGGAGCCAGAGCCACCGAGCUCGCAGUGGCGGCGAUCGCUCCGAUCUGUUGGGUCCCCUCGGGGAGGAUCUGCCUCGUGCUGCCCCAUGCUGGUCGAGCAGGACCCCGAGAGUGCGGGUACGGUGAUGGUGCGCUGAGAUUAAGACGCCGUAAAAUCGCCGUGUAGCCAUCGCGGAGACUGCUGCCCCUGCUCGUAUAUUGAGAGGCACCCGCAUGGGAAAGUGAACUUUUUAAAUAUUCGGGUGAAUAUCUUGAAUUGUAAGGUAGGUUUCAAACAGGUUAACCUUUACGUAACCUGCUGUAUCCGUGGAUGCCUGGCACCAGCAAUCAUUGUUGUCUGCAUGCAUUUGCCAGACAUUACACUGCAUGCGAAUGAGUCCUUGUGUUCACCAGCGUAGAGAGCAUGCACAGUUCCGUGUUUGACAAGAAACGCGUGAUGAUUGUGGUCCUCGCCUACUACAGGAUUUAUUAUCACAAUUGCAGUUACAAUGUGAUGGUUAUCAUUGAGAGUAUAUACACAAGCUGCACGUUAUAGGGUUGCCAACUGGUCUGGGUUUGACCCAGACCGUUUAGGAAUUGGCAGACCAAGGUCUCGUUCCGGUCCUGUGUUGAACUUCGCUGAGGUUAACUGCACCGUUCUGAUGGACCAAAGCGGACCGACAACUAUGCCCGGGUUUGGUCUACAGUGGAAAAGGCGACAGAGACCGAGUGCCAGCACGGCCGCCACUGUGCGGGCGACGGAUGCGCCGAUCCCAGGUGGCACCGCCACAGCGCACACGACAGCACCCCCUCUUGGCACAGCAGAAGCGUCAUAACCUGGCAGACUCCCUACGGUGGUGGCACGGGAUAGUUGUUUUAAUCUCCGCCUGCGUGUCCAGCGGUGUCACUCUUACGUUUGAGACGAGAGGGAGAAUUGUUCACGUGGCGGCGACGCGCCCAGGCAAGGACAACACGGACACAUCCACAGGGCUUCGCUUCGCGUGUGGGGGUUAACAGCCUGUUCUCGUUGACCAAGGAGACCACUGCUGCCCUAACGUUUCCCCCAAGUCAGCUGUCCCUGCAGAUAAGGAACGCAAGCGGUCAUUUAAAUCAUUCUACACAAAGUGAAUUUCCUCUUAAAAACCUGGGUGUCUGAAGGUAACAUUUCAGCUUUAAGGAUCACUUACCGUGUUAGCAUGAUCAAAAAUAUUCACAAUUUACAGAAACUCGCGAGCAGAAUGUUGUACUUUGAUAAUUGAUGUGAUGCACACGACGAGCAAUUCUGCGAAAUCUUAGGAAGCUUGUAUUUCUACCCGACAAGGUAAUCGCCAUUUAAACAACCCGUGUCAUUCACCUAUCUCUGUCGUUGACACGUGGGUUGAGCGGCUUGUUGCAGUGUUGCUGGAAUUGUUGCUCGUGAACUGCGUAAGGCCACUCGUACGCUUUGCAGGCUAGGAAGUUUAUAGCAUCGAGUUGUAUAGUUGUGAAUUAAAUGCCAUGCUAAGAUGUGGAGAGAGUUUUCCAAUUCGGUGAAUUAAAAAAAAUCAACAAUUCAAGAGCCGCGCUGCACUGUGGUGAAUACGAAACGGGCCUUGGUAAAUGACGUCACGAAGCAGUCUCCUUCCAGAGCCGCCGGUUUCUGCCCCGUGGCUUCGUGGAGAAUUCGGUCGCUACCCCAGCACAAUCCACGAUGGCAUGGGCACAUCCCCACCCCCUCCUGUGGCACGACGCUCUUAUCUGCUUGUUAAGUGAACAUCGUAAGUUGUUUUAGAUUGCUGUGCUUUUAAAUUCCCAGGACAAACUCUUAAUUUGAACUUAUUUUCUAAGUAAUUGAAAGCAUGUGACUACAACUGGUGAUGGUGAACUUAUUACGCAGAUGUCCCGUACCUGCAUGCUCAGUGGCUCGCACCUGCAGCAACGAUAAAUCCCACAGCCCAAGUGCAGCGUUGCUGGAAGCGUUGCUGGAAGAGUUCACGGCACAGUCCCAUCCCACAUUGGAGCAUUUGGUGGUUUCGCGUUUUGAUUGCCGCUUCUCGUUAUUUGCCUCGCGAACUGCUUUGGCGAUGAAACUCUGUGAUGAUGGUUUAGGCCUUCGUGUAGUUUGUGAUAAGCCCGUUUGGGGGUUCGUGUAAUGUCAGAUUUUAAAAUGUCCUUGUAAACCAUCGCAAACUUUUAAAUCUCUGCUUUGUAGAAUGAGAGAAGUGUGAAGUGUAUCAUGUUUAUUAACCCACAUGGUGUUCGCCAAGGCUGCGGUAUUGACUGUUUUUUCCGUUUCUAAAUAAACAUUCUUAAAAUUGCA